CAGCCACCAGACUAUAACUGAUGCGUUCAACGAGACAGCAUCAGUCCAUCGGAGGCGUUCGAAAGUGCCGCAACAAAACACGCCGGGAUUUUUUUUAAGAUAGUUGUCAAAAAUGGUGGCAAACGGGAGAAUGGAGAAAAAGCCGUCGAUGGAGAAGAUACCAACGACCGCCACACUAGACGAGGCUAUGCUGGCUGCUGGUCUUGGCGUGUACAACAUCGCUCACAUGCUCAUGAGUGGGAUCAUCCUGAUGGGGGUCAUUAUGCAGACCCUGAACCUUGGCUACGUUAUCCCAGCUGCUCAGUGCGACCUCAACCUUAGCAUGGGCACGAAAGGAUGGCUGGCCGCUAUCCCGUUCACUUCAAUGAUCCUGACAUCCCACAUGUGGGGCUACUUGGCGGACACGCGAGGCCGGCGGCCAGUGAUGAUGGUCUCUAUGCUGGUGUCUGUGGUACUCAGCAUCCUGGCCAGCUUCGCACCCAACCUGCCAGUGUUUGCUGGUCUCACGUUCUUCUCGGCUGUGUUCAUGUCGGGCCCAUCAGCCGUCGUCUACACGUACCUGGGCGAGUUCAACAACCUCCAGCACAGAGACAAAAUGGUGGCCUUCGGAGCCUCGUUCGUGGGGAUCGGGACUGUGCUAUUGCCUGGUGUCUCCUGGCUAAUCCUGCCACAGGAAUUCGCCUGGCCGAUCUCCUGGCUAGGCAUCGUCUACCGUCCUUGGCGUCUUCUCGUUGUCGCCGCCGCUUUACCCUACACCCUGGGCGCUAUGCUUUUGUUCUUGGCUCCUGAGAGCCCGAAGUUCCUGAACGCUCAGGGCAGAUAUGACGAGUGCUUGGCGACCGUGAAGAAAAUCUAUGGAGUUAAUAAGUGGACUGAUCCGGAAACUUUCCCUAUCAAAUCAUUGAUAGUGGAUCCAAGUGCAGUUACAGCCAGCAGCGGCAAGGGCAUCACAGCUGUGUUGAGUUCCAUGUGGGACCAGACAGCGCCCUUGUUCAAAGGGAAACUCCUCAAAUGGACCUGCCUCACUUGCUUUGUGCAAUAUGGGAUAUUCUCUGCGUGUAACGGUUUCUACGUAUGGUUCCCCACAAUCUUGAACUCUCUGGCCAACCACAACGGUGCCGAGGAUGCCAGGAUCUGCGAGAUUCUAGAUGCGAGUCAGCAAGCUGCUGCGAACGCUACUGACGUUGUCUGCGACGACACGAUGAACACCGAGACCUUCCAGCGCUCCAUCUACAUCGGCCUCGUCUUCUGCUCCAUGUACAUCGUGGUCGGCUUCCUCGUAGACUUCGUCGGGAAGAAACUCAUCCUCCUCACCAUCCUCGGCGGUGCUGGACUUUGCGGGAUCAGUGCCCACUUAGCUUCGAAUCAGCAAACGGCAGUGGUUCUCUUCGCAGUGUUCCAGAUGAGCGGAGCUUGUAUUGGGAUGAUGAAUGCUGUGGCUGUGGAGUUGUUUCCGACUAGAUACAGGGCUAUGGCAAUUUGCUUGUCCAUGAUGAUGGGCCGUCUCGGAUCUGUCGUGAGCUCCAACCUUAUCGGCGUAUUCAUGAGGGUCAAUUGCGGCAUCAGCUUCUACCUCUUCGGAGGACUUUUACUAGCAUGCUGCGCAGUCUGUCUCACUCUACCAGGAAAGAAGAAGCGAGUAAAACACACCACGAAGAGCGUAGAACCGGCCCAGAAUGAAACCCAUGAUUCCCAUGAACCAGUAUGAAGAGGUUCAUAGUAAUAUAACUACGAACCACUCUCGUCCGUUCGUCUAUUUGCCUCUCUAUCGCUCAUAUGUAUGAGUGAUAGAGAAGCAGAUAAUGAUAUUACGAUUUUCGAUGUUCGCGGUAGAUUAAACCUGGAGGCUGUUGUAUAGAGGCAUAUAGAGGUUUCAAGGGAAAGAUGACUUGACGUCGUAUCGUGUGAUACCAAAAUGAAGAAAUUCCUGAGAAUUAUUAUAUUAUAGAUAAAAUACAUCCUGGCAAAAAAAGUAGAGAAUAGGGGCGCCAUCGUCUAUGUAAACCGUUUUGCUUAUAGCAAUACUUAUUGAGUCACUUUUUGUAUGAGAACAAUAAGGUUUGAACGAGCGAAGCGAGUGGUUCGAGAAUAGAAUCCUGAACUUGCGAGUUUUUUAACUCACGAGAAGUAAAAUACAUUUGCACCCGAGUGUAACACAAAACUUUUUCCCUCACUAUAGCG